GUCGAUUUUGCAUGCGUCUUGAAUGAUAAAUAUACAAUUGUCUAUAAAACCAUUGCGCGCGCGCAGGGUGCAAGCGAAAGUGUUCGAAAAUGAAGGCAUUGUUGGCUGUGGUUCCUUUAAUCCUGAGCGUGGUGGCGGAGUCCCCCGCCCCCUACCCCCCGAGCGGGUUCAGACCCAAUGGACCUGCGUUUGAACUCCCACAGAGACAGCCUCAGAACACACAACAACAAUACCUUCCACCCUUGGACCCUCGCAGGCCAGCUCCUGAAGACCCAUACUCCGGGUCCGAUGACGCUGAUGUAUCAGUUCAAGGCUUGCCAACGCAAGAGCAGCUGCCAAUUUUUCAACCAUCGCCUAUAAACGGCCAGCAGUAUGUUGGACCAGCCCUGCAAAAAGAUCUGAAGAAUUUAGACGACAGUUACAGGCAACAACAGUAUCAACUACAACAGGAGAAAUACCGAGAAUACGAGAGGCAAAGACAACUAGAAGCUCAAGCGAAUAAACCAAUUGCUCCCAGACAAUUUGGACGGACUACUUCGCGACCUGAAACCUCUACUACUCAAAACGAAGAUAAUAAAACAACAACUGAAGCUAUUGAAUUAAACGAAGGAGAAACUCUUGAUGAUGACUCAAAGAAAGUCACCGUUGAAGUAUCAAAACAAAAGCUACAAGAAUAUCCCGGGGAAUUUUACUUGAGCUCUUUGGCUCAAUUACAGUUGCAACCUCAAUUCGCUCCAUUCCAAAUAAGUCAAUUAAGAGCACCACUGAUCGUUCAACCAGGAUUUUCUCAAAAGCAAGUAGCAGGCUAUGAUGCUCAGACUCAUUUUGCUGCUUUGCCUUCAGUUUUAGCUCAAAAGCAACUUUUCGAACAGAGUCAACAACAAGUAAAUCAACAGUAUACAGCUCCCAUCCAGCCGUUGGAUCAACAGCAAUUCAUAGCUCCAGUAAACCAAUAUCAACCUUUAAUUCAGCCGCAAACGCCUGAAAUACAAGCCUUCCCGCAGAUUCAGGCACAGCCAGUAGUGUUACAACCUCAAUCAGUUAACCAACCACAGUUUUAUGCUCAACCCACAUCUGAUACUGAACAGGUAGAAGAGAAAGAACAAGUACAGCCUCAACCUCAGUUUGUUUUUCAAACACAACAGGGAUAUCCUCAACAAGGCUAUCAGCCUCAAGCAGCCUAUCAACCACAAUCAGGUUUCCAGCCACAGCUAGCAUACCAACCCCAAUACCCACAACCAAAUGUAGAACAGAAUUACCCCCAAGUUCAAUACGUUAAUUAUCCUACUCAAGAUUUGGCUCAAUAUCAACCUCAGUUGUUACAACAGCCUCAAUUUCUUCAACAACAAGCGCAGUUUGGUCAACAACAAGGACAAGGACAAGGACAAGACGCAUUUCUUCAGAGCGGCCUAGACGUGAACCAAGAAGGCAAUGGUGUGGAACAGGAUGAUAAAGAAGGUUCAGACGAUGGUAACCAAGGUGUUACGGCUACAGCGGUGGCCACCGCCUUUGGAACUAGGACCCAGCCUCGGGUACAAUAUGGCGUUCCGUCCCCACGAGUGCAGGCAGAUCCGCGGUACCAAGCUACCACAGAAGGUACUCUUGAUGCAACUACAGUUGACAGCCCAGUGGUAGCGGAAGCCACUGCCGUGGCCAGUCCUGGGUCGAAAAGAAAGAGUGCUAAGUUGAGAAGACUUCGUCCCGUUUUCACUCUGGACAAGUCAGGACAUCUGGUGUUGGCGGAGCAAAAUUAAAAUAUAAAUUAAAAUAAUAAAUUUAAUUUAUUGAUAAAACCGACAAUAUAUAUAUAUAUAUAUUUCAUGAUUCUC